UGUUCUUGUUUUCCGGGCUUAUUUCUUUUUCCUGAUAUCUUUAACGCUAAACCAAUCGAAGUUGUCUAUUAAGGAAGAAGAAGCCAACAUGGCUAAAGGACCUUUGAUCCCAGCUCGUUACAUCUUCACAGCGCUGGUCUCUAUCGGCCUGGCGAUUAUUUAUGGACUGAAGGUGAACUUGAGUGUGGCGAUUGUCGUCAUGAUCAAUUCAACUGAGCUUGCGUCUAUGGCGGCAUCGGAAGUCUCUCACGGUGGGCAUUAUGGUAGCACCAAAGACAACGGAACUGCUCCACAGGAGUUUGCUUGUGCAGCUCCAGUUUCCCAUUCCAACGUAACUGUCACCAUACAGGAUGGACCAUUCGCUUGGCCCGAACCUGUUCAAGGAUUGGUAUUGAGCGCCUACUUUUGGGGCUACCUUCUGACUCAGAUUCCCGGUGGAAUGAUAGCGGAGAAGUAUUCGGCCAAGUGGGUCAUCUGGGCAUCUGUUCUCGUCAAUGUUGUUUUCACUAUUUUAACACCGUUGGCUGCCAACAUAAGUUACAUCGCCGUCCUCGUUGUCCGUUUCAUCGAAGGGCUGGGCGCUGGAGUUUCUCUACCAGCCAUUCACGUUAUGUUGACCAAAUGGGUUUUACCGCAAGAGCGCAACCUGAUGUCGUCGUUGGCUUACGCUGGCAUGGCGCUAGGUACAGUCAUCUCGCUGCCAUUUUCCGGUAUCUUAGCCGCUGCACUCGGCUGGGAAUCGGUGUUUUACGUCCAAGGAGGUCUCGCUAUGAUCUGGUGCGUUUUAUGGCUGAUAUUUGUCUUCGACUCACCUGAAGAUCAUCCGCGCAUCCAUCCAGUGGAGUUGGAGCUUUUUGAAACGUCCAUGCAUCACGAUGACCACGAAAGUCAUGAAGCACCGAAGGAAGCAGCACAAUUAGAAGAUUCCAACAUCGCAGAAGGGUCCGUUGUUGUCAUGACUCCCGUCAUUUCAGACAAGCCUAUUGCUAAGAAAAGAAGAAAUAGCCAUCAGGGACAUCACUGGCACGGCUUCCACGGGUGGCAUGGAUUCCACGGAUGGCACGGAUGGCACGCCGGACACAAACAUCACGAACAUCCUAAAUUCCACAAGGAACACUUGAAAAAACAAGGCCAUCACGGAGCCCACGGCCAUCCGAAUUUGCCUAUCCCGUGGAAAGCUCUCGCUACUUCCGGUCCGUUCUGGGCUAUUCUGGUUGCUCAUUCGUGCAGUAAUUUUGGAUGGUAUAUGCUGUUAGUUGAACUACCCACCUACAUGAAGGCCAUCUUACGCUUUAACAUCAGUCAGAACGCUGGGUUAUCUGCGAUUCCGUACGUGUGUCUAUGGAUAUUUAGCAUUAUGUGGAGCAAUCGUCUAGAUUGGGCAAAAGGCAAAGGAUGGAUUACCACGACGACUGUACGCAAAUUAUCUACAGCUAUCGCCUCCUUGUUCCCUGCCGCUUGUUUUAUCGGCGUCAGCUUGGUGGGAUGUGAUCGCCAAGCCGCCGUGGCGUUGAUGACUCUUGGUACCAUGUUUGUUGCCGGAAUGUAUUGCGGCUUCUUGACCAAUCACGUCGAUAUUGCUCCGAAUUACGCCGGCACAUUAAUGGCUCUGACCAACACGGCGGCUACGAUUCCGGGAUUCAUCGUUCCCGUCUUUGUCGGACAGCUCACUCACGGAAAUCAAACAUUGGGCCAAUGGCAAAUUAUUUUUUUCACAACGGCAGCGGUUUUCGUCCUCGAGUUUGUAGUUUACACAGUUUUUGCAUCUGGAGAAGAACAACCAUGGAACCAUGUAGGGGUAGAUCACAAGCCUGAAUUGGAGAAGCAUACAGCAAAGGAAGUUCUUCACGAGUCCGAAAGCGAACAGUUAGAAGGAAAAACUGAAAAUCCUUAAAACAAAGGAAGUCAGAUUAUGUAAAUU